AUGCAACGCCUCCUUUUCAACCAUUGCGUUAGAUGUUGCAAUAUCUCUCAACUCCACGUUUCAACAGCCUCACAAGUGACUGCAAACCAAAGUGGGACGAGGUGCGUUUAAUUUUAUCAACCUUUCAUAAUGAAAUAUUUAGAGCGACGGUAGAGAAAUGGGUGGACGCCUAUGAGGAGUUCAUAGGAGUUAAAGCAGUGAAACUCGCUCAAGACGAAGUUAUGAAGGUUUAUUUUAGUUUUUUAAAAAACAUCGAAAUUUUAAUGUUCAGUGGGAAGGAAAACUUAGCCAAGCACAGAUGAUUAGAAGAGAAAAACAAGCGGAAAUCAACACUAUUCAAUCAAGGCUCAAAGAAAUUCAUUUUGAUCUGGACCGAACUAGUCGAGGAGAAGACAAGUUUGCAUUAUUUUUUUGUUAGAUCGAUUUUGAUAGAAACACUUUUCUAGCGCUAAAAUUUUUCUAACAGUAUUUAGGUACCUCGAGCUGCUAACUGAAGAACACGCAAUAAUAAAAAAAGGUGAUUUUUUUAAUUUUCGAUCUAGUUUACUUGCCCAAAAAGUUAAUUCAAAGUAAUAAGUUUUUUUUGAAGGAGCGAGAGCUUUUGUCAUCUUUCGAAGGAAUGGAGACUGCUGAGCGUGAAGCUUUCCAUCAGCUGUCUAACAGGUUUGAAAAUAUUUUUCUGUUAAAGUUAUUUCUGAACAGCAACUUCUUACUAUAGCUGCAAACAAUAUACCCUCAAAAUUAAAAGAUUUCCACUAAGCGUCUUUUCUCCGAAUUUGAAGUUCUGGAAUUAUAUUAGAAAUAAGACCACCAUAUUCGUUGAUCCGCCUUUCAUACAGAGUAAAAAUGGAUGCACCAACGAUGAUAAUGAGAAAGCUCAGGCUUUUAACGAUUUUUUCUGCUCAGUUUUUACUAAAGACGAUGAGAGACCAUUCAUAAAUAAUACGAGCUCGGUUGGAAGUAUGGAAGAAAUAAACGUUGAUCCAUAUAUCGUAUACGAAUGUUUGAAGAAGCUUAGACCUUUACAUUCUGCCGGUCCGGAUAAAUUGUCUAAUAUCAUAAUACAAAAACUAGCGGCCCCUUUGGCACUACCUUUAUCAAUGAUAUUCCAAAAAACAUUGGAUACCUCAUGCUUGCCUAGUUUAUGGAAAAAAUCAAUAGUUCGACCUAUAUAUAAGAAAGGAAGCCUUAGUGAGCCUCAAAACUACAGACCUGUCAGUUUAACAUGUGUCCCAUGCAGAGUACUCGAAUCCAUUAUCGUUAGAAGUUUAAGAAAUCAUCUUUGGAACAAAAACAUAAUAUACAAAGCACAAUACGGAUUUUUGAACAACAGAAAUACCGUUUCGCAAUUGCUUCAAAAGCAAAAAUAUUUGAUUCAAAACGUAUAUGAAAAAGCCAUAGUGGACGUAAUUUAUCUGGACAUAAGUAAAGCCUUUGAUUCCGUAACACAUCGCAGAAUGUUGAACUUACUGGAAUCCUAUGGUUGCAAUGGUCGGCUACUCUCCUGGUUUCAGAGCUAUCUCAUUGGACGUACCCAAAUGGUACGCAUAAAUGAAGCUUUAUCCGAUGAAAUUCCCGUACUUUCGGGUGUACCACAGGGUAGUUGUUUGGGUCCUUUAUUUUUUUUCUUCUUUACAUCAAUGAUAUCGAUAAAGUAGUCAAACACAGCGAACUAUUAACAUAUGCCGACGAUUGUAAAUUAAUGAUAAGCUCAAAGAUAGAAAAAUUUCGAACAUAAGCUUCAGGAAGAUUUAAACUCUAUUUAUGAAUGGUUAGCAGAUAGACAGCUUGUCCUAUCGAGUUCAAAGAGUAUACAUGUCAGAUAUGGUAAAUCCAAUACUGAGAACCCUUCUUGCACAAUAAAUGGCUCAAAAAAAUUCCAACAGAUAUAUUCAUCAGAGAUCUGGGAGUACAUUUUAGUUCUAAUUUAAAAAAAUGAAUGGUCACGUGAAUGUAAUUGUGAAAAAAAUGCAUGAAAAAUUGUGAAUAAUCUUUUUUUAGAUGUUUUACCUUCUCGCACACUAAUUUCAUGAACUGCUACAAGUUGAAGAUUUUACCUGUUCUUGAAUAUGGGUCAGAACUUUUCUGUCCUUUAACAAGAACGGAUAUCGAUAGAUUGGAAUCAGUUCAAAGGAAAUUUACUAAAAUACUUUUCCCUAAAAUGAAUUACAAAGAAAGACUUCAACGUCUUGGACUAAACACCCUUUGGCAAAGACGUUUAAAGAAAGACAUAACUGCUGCUCACAAUUUCAUUUACGGAUACUAUUGGUGCCCAUCUCCAAUCCCUUUACAAAAUACAACAAGUAGAUCGAAUCAACUGCGAGGAAAUGGUCUCAAAAUAGAGCGGCCUCUACUUUCUGACAUACACUACCGGUUCAUUAAUCAAAGAGUAUUCAAUCAUUGGAAUCAUAUGGAUAGAAACAUAGUAUUUGAGUAUGAAAAAAAUAAGUUCAGAUCUAAACUUGAGAAAUGGUUUGAAAAACAACAUUACAGAACUAAACACUCUUGAUCCAACAAAAAUAUGAAAGCUACAUAAUCGACAUUUAAAAGAAUAACUUCAAGGUUAUUCCAAUUUACUCAAGUGGGGGGUUAACACGACCGCGAGUCCUCUUCCCUCCAUCACCACAAGUUCCGACACAUAUGUUCCCAAAUUCUCCCUACAUCUAUUUCGUGAAAUUUAGUACUUGUGUGUGAGAAAUAAAACAUUUUGAUUUGAUAAUAUAGCGAAAGACUGGAACUCAUAUAGUCUUUUCAGAUUUUUAAUGUCAAGUGCAAUGACUUCAUUCAAAAACACUCUGUGGAUGGCUCGCUCUCUGAUUGGUUUAUCGUACCAUUAGGGGCGGAGCUUGAGCGACGACUUGACAUUCAAAAUGUGAACAGACUAUAGAAAAUUUUUGGCUUAAACGUUUAAUUGAUUAGUAAUAUCCCAUUUUUUUUUUCUACAAGAUGUGUUGGUCUGAUUAUCCUACUUGGUUAAAUAAUAUUCUUGAUCCACUUAUUCGUUCCAGAGAAAAAAUUUCAACCUAAACCAUGUUUUAGUAGAUACGAAAAAUUUUGACGUCAAGUAAAUUCUUUCAAGAGUUUCAAGUGUAAAAACGCCUUAAAAACAGCUUAUAAUGUUUUUAUGUUUCUUUUCUAACUCGUCAAAAAGAUUAUUUUCUUAAAAGGUGUAGGAAAUUUGAACCACCUGGGGGAUAUUUUCGUCCCCUCCAUCAUCGCCAUACCAGCUUGAUGAGGCGAAAAUAGUGAUUUUAUUAAUAUAAUGUGCUGCAUUUAAGAGUCAGAGCGAGCCAUGAAAGGGAAAGAGAACGCGCCGAGAAAACGAAGUGGUGGUCGGUGAGUGCCUCCCUCACCGGCGCUCUACUCGGUAUCAUCGGAACGUCAUUAGGUAGGACUGUUUAUAUAUAUAUAUAUUUUUCCAUAAAAAAACUGAUUACAAGACUUUGAUGACUGAAGAAGAACACUGAUUAGUUUCAAAAAUAGUUAUUGCUAUUCAAAUUUCGAAAAAAAUAUUGUGAAAUCAAAUAAACUUCAAGUUCAUAGGCAAAUUACUUCCUUUGAAACCACACAAAAAUAGUUCCGUGGCUUCUUCAAAUAAUUAUAAAAGGUGUGAGAAAAUCCUUCUAAAUUUCUAUGUAUACUUAUCUUCUAAGUUUUUUUAAAAAAAGGUUUCUUUUUCGCAUUUUUUUAGUCAAUUAUUUUUUUAAUUUUUAAAAACUAUUUUUUUAUAUGCUGUUUAAAAAAACUGUUUAUUGCAUCUUCAAUGUAAGAGUACAUGAGCAAUCGGCUUUCAUUGAUUUGACCAUGUUUUUAAACGGCGGCAGGAGCUGUGGCUUAGGCGGAGAAGUUGUGAAUUUCGCUCGUAGAACAUCAGAUACAAGAGAGGUCGUAGGAAGAAGUACGGUGCCGGCUUUCCAAAGGCCGAUAGCAGAGAUCGAGCCUUUUCGCUGCAUGCAGCUCCCAAUUUUAUCUACCCCGGAGGGAUGAAAGGCUUGGUCGACCUCGGGGGGACUCGAACCUACGACCUUGCAGACGUUAGAAAUGAGUUAUGCCAGCUGAGCUAUGCCGCCCCCGUUUCUCCAAUUUUUAUAUGCGUUUCUUUCAAAUUAAAAAAUAUCUAUUUCCAAGAGGAAGUGAUGAAAAAGUGAAAAAUGUUUACGAAAGUUCAUAUCUUCGAGAAUCUUCUUUUGGUUCUUGCCCAUGUUAUCAAGAAAUCAGUUGCUCAACUUCUUACCUCUCAGGGAAUGAACUACGGAUGCGGAAGCUACGAGAAAUGUUGCCGAUCGGUGGAGCGCACAUGAGUGAAAUGGCCAAGUCCAUCAACGAGCAGAAUGAAAAGGUUUUAUUUUCUUAGCGAAGAAAAAACCUACAGGAACUGUGUGAAUCCAAAAUUCGUGUAAAUCCAAUCAAAAUCUUUAUGCUUCACUUUCUUUACUCCGAUUUUCUCAGAUCACUCACUUUAUCAAAGAAAUACGUUCGACACUGAAUCUUGCCGGCGGGGCUGAAGCGUCUGCAAACACGAUUCCCACUGAAGGAUCCGCCGACGAGGUUUCUCUCGUUUCGAAGUUUUGGUUUCAACCUGUGCAGGUGGUUGCGGUUAUUCGUGAAGAAAACGCGCGGAUGGCCAAGGAGAUGAAGGAAUUGCUGCGGCUGACCAAACUGGAAGCCGCUCUCGACGCCGAUCCUCAGUCUGUGGUCAGCUUUUCAUCUUUCCAAAAAGUAGCAAAAAGAGAUUCUAUCGAGUUGUUUCAAAAUUGGAACGUAUGAAGCUCACUGCAGAAAAUGAGAACAUUUUUUAAUUCUUUUCUUUUUAUUGAUCCACAGCUCACUUGAGUUCAUAGUUUGAAAACAGAAAUGAGAAAAGUUUCAGAGAAGAGUAGUAUUGAAAGGAUCAUGAGUUCGCUCAGUGAGCCAUAAUAGGAAAUCAAAAAUUCAAAUUAAAUAAGAAAAAUUGAAGGUGUACGUGGGAAGCGAAAUGGAGCGGCUUCUCGACCAGACCGAGAAGAAAAUCGAGUCAAAGAUGAAGCUCCAAACGUUGCUCACCGUCGUCUUCCUCUACACGGCGGCCGCAGUCACAGCUCCUUGGCUCUAUGCCAUCUUCAAACGCGACUGA